ACCUUCAGUAAAGCCGGUUGAUCGUUAUGGAUUUUAUCCAGCUAUUCGCUCCUUUCAAACUCAUUCUCAACAUAUCCGGCUUUUGGCCUCAGAAAAAUCCCAAACCAAUUGUAAAAGUACGCAAAGUCUUCACGUUGCUUGUCAACUUAUUCUUUUGCCUAUCUUUAUCCAUUCAAUGUUUAUUUUUGAGAAGUCAAAUAGAAGAGUUUCUUGAUGUGUUGACUGUGAUUACACCGCCUGUUGCUUACCUGUUCAAGCAAAUUGUCUUCUUCGGCCAUAGCAGCGCUUUCUUGACGCUGAUGGACUUUCUGAAAGAUGAUGACUUAGUAUCCAUCCCUUUGCAUUUGCAAAAGCAAAUUUCCGACUCUCUUCAGGUGGCUAAAAUUAUCGGAGUUGGAUACCAAGCUUGCUGCACCAUGACUAUUUUAUUUAUUGUUAUUUGGCCCAUGUUUACCGAACACCAAUUACCUGUUCAAUUUACGCUGUUUGAUUUGGGUGAUUUUUAUGCUUUUAUGUAUCUGCUGCAAAUAUUUGCUCUGGCCAAUGCAGCAGCAAAUAGCUCCAGUCUGGAUCUAAUUGCUUUGACUCUAAUGUGCAUUGUCAAAGGACAAAUUUGUGUGCUAAAUGACAAAAUCCGCUCUCUCGGAGAAAUAAAUGCAAGCAAAGGUCACGGUGCCCAAAGAGUGAAGUACGUUAGUGGUUGUGUACUUCAUCAUACCAAAAUCAUCGAGCUUGUUGCACUGAUUGAAAAUGUCUACUCACAAAUUGUGCUAAUUGAGUACUUGACGAGUAUGGUUGUAAUUUGCAAUAUUGGAUUUCAGCUGGUUAUUGUGGAAUUAGCUAGUUUUGCGUUCCUUCUUAUGUUAACAUUUCUGGUAACUAUGCUGUGUCAGCUGGGCAUGUACUGUUGGUUUGGAAAUGAGAUUAUGUUGCACAGCGCCGCAAUCCGAGACGCAUGCUACGAGUCAGACUGGAUUCAUUCUUGUCCUCAAGUAAGAAAGAUGCUUUUGAUGAUAAUGGAGCGUAGUAAGAGACCGCUCUAUCUUACAGCCGGAAAAUUUUCCAUUCUUUCUUUAAACUCAUUCACUUCGGUUAUUCAUUCAGCAUAUUCCUUUUUCGCUUUGAUGCAAAGAAUGUAUGGAAAGUCAACAACGUUUUAACAUUGAAUUAUUUUGAUCAGUAAGAUAACAAAUUUUUUGUAAUACUUAGAUUGCACGAUUUUUAACAUUUCAGAAAUGAGAUUGUUAUUGGAAUUAAAUGAAUGUCGCAAUAUAAGCACUUUUGAGCAUAA